GUAUUUCAUUGGAAGUGCGGACGCUCAGACUGGAGGAAGAAGGUUUUUGGUGGAAACUUGAGGACAUGCGGCGUCUCCUGCAAACUUUACUCAAUCCAAAGUUUCUGCGAGCCGGAGAAAGACCACAAGCCGGAGGAAUGAACUGAAGAGAAGAGGAGAGGAGGGAGGAGAAGAGCCGAUCACUCCCAUUGAUCCAGAAUCGAGGGCUCCUGCAGAGAAGAUGCAGGCUGCUGCGGCUGCUCUGACUCUGCUGGGUGUUUUCUUCAGCCUGGACUGUCUGUCAGCUCACCGGUCCAAACCAAAUCAGAUCCAGAUCCAGGAUCAGGAUGGCGGAAACACUCAGAGUAAUGCUAAGAAGGAAGCGAAGAACCAGCCACACAUUUUGUUCAUCCUCACAGACGACCAGGGCUUCAAUGACAUCGGCUACCACAAUCCAACCAUCAAGACUCCCACUCUGGACAAACUGGCAGCGGAAGGUGUGAAGCUGGAGAACUACUACGUCCAGCCCAUCUGCACGCCGUCACGCAGCCAGCUCAUGACUGGAAGGUAUCAGAUCCACACAGGACUGCAACACUCCAUCAUCAGACCGAGGCAGCCGAGCUGUCUGCCUCUGCACAUGGACACUCUGCCUGAGAGGCUGCGAGAGGCCGGCUACACCACACACAUGGUCGGCAAGUGGCACCUGGGAUUCUACAGGAAGGCCUGCCUACCCACCCGAAAGGGCUUUGACACGUUCUUCGGCUCCUUAACGGGGAGCGUGGAUUACUACAGUUAUGGGUCCUGUGACGGUCCGGGCUUGUGUGGGUAUGAUCUCCAUGAUGACGAGGGAGUAGCGUGGGGCCAGGAGGGGAAAUACUCCACCACACUUUUCACACAGAGAGCUCGCAAGAUCCUGGAGACUCACGACCCCACGGACAGACCGCUCUUCCUGCUGCUCUCUCUCCAGGCGGUUCACACUCCUCUACAGACUCCAAAGUCCUACAUCUACCCGUACCGGGACAUGGCUAACGUGAACAGGAGAAAGUUUGCCGCCAUGGUGUCUACGGUGGACGAGGCGGUCCGAAACGUCACCUACGCCCUGAGGAAGUACGGAUACUACCGGAACAGCGUGAUCAUCUACUCCACUGACAACGGAGCCCAGCCGUUCACAGGAGGGAGCAACUGGCCGCUACGAGGCCGUAAGGGCACUUACUGGGAAGGUGGAAUGCGUGGAGUGGCGUUCGUCCACAGCCCUCUGCUGAGACGCAGGAGACGGGUCUCCAAAGCUCUGCUGCACAUCACCGACUGGUUCCCCACACUGGUGGGUCUGGCUGGAGGAAACAUCAGUCAGAGUCAGGGCCUGGAUGGUUUUGAUGUUUGGCCCACCAUCAGUGAAGGAAAGGAGUCGCCUCGUCAGGAGAUCCUUCACAACAUCGACCCUCUGCACAAACCUGGCGUUCAAAACACAAAGUGGGACACCAGUAAGAAGGAAGCCUCAGUGAGCAAACCCAAAAGUGUCGGCCCGGCCUCUGAGAAGCCAAAAAAGAAGAUCCUGAGGCAGAAACCGAAACAGAAGUCAGCGUUCAAGGUGAAGAAGUUCAAGAAACCUCAGACGUUUCCACACCCUCCAAAACAGAAAUUAAAGCGCCUACCAGAUCCAAAACUCACAGGCCUCCCAAAAUCAAAACUCAAACCCCAACCCACAACCAAGACCAAGACCAAGGCGUACCCUCAGAGCCAGAAACGGUCAUAUUACAAACCACAUAACAAGUCCCUCUCUAGUGGAGCUCCAUCCGGGACGUCUCUUCCUGAAUCUCAGCCUCACAUCAAACCACGUGUCAAGUCAAAAUCCAGGAGGACCAUAUCUCAGAACCUGUCCUGGACAAGACAACCUCCCCCAAAGUCCAAGACUAAACUCAAAUCACAUCUUAAGUCCAAGUCCAGGAGGACGCUACCCCAGAAUCAGAACACGUCCAGGCAAGGGACUCUGCUUCCCAAGUCCCUCCCCACACCCAGGUUUAAACCCGCGUCCUCUCAGUCAGUGUGGGACACGUCAGUCCAAGCUGCCAUCAGAGUGGGAGACUGGAAGCUGCUCACAGGAGACCCAGGUCAUGGAGACUGGGUCCCCCCACAGGUGCUCGCCACUCUAGCUGGUCCCUGGUGGAACCUCGAACGUGCCCAAACAACGUCCUACAAAACCUCCACCCACAAAAACGUCUGGUUGUUCAACAUCACCGCGGACCCGUGCGAGCGGCAGGACCUGGCAGACCACAGACCGGAGGUGGUCCAGCGGCUACUCGCCAGACUGGUUUACUACAACCAAACCGCCGUUCCAGUUUACUUUCCGCCCGAUGAUCCGCGAGCCAACCCGGACCUGCACGAGGGAGCCUGGGUACCCUGGGUGGACGAGGAAGAAGACCAGGAGGGGAAAUAUGACGGAGUGUACAAGAAGGUAAGGAACAGUAAGAAGAAGAAGAAGAAGAAGCUGUGCAAGCUGCAGUCGUUCUUUCUGAACCUGAACACCAGGAUGAUUUCCAACCGGAUCUGAGGAGACCGUGAUGAAGACUUUCAAAACAUGAGACGUUCCAUUUCACCAAACUUUUUCAUUGAACGUCCUUUCACAAGCUUUGUCACUUGUUCCUCUAAACUCAAGUCAAACAGUUCUCUUUCCUUUUUCAAGAAAGCUCUAUUUAUAUCAUGUCGUUUGUAAUCAAAGUGUUCUUUUAGGGAGCAGAGGAACUUUUUUGUAGCUCCCCUUGUGGUUUCACUCUAACAAGUAGAGUAGAUCAUGGUUUUAAGAGCUCCAGAAGAUGAGCCUCAAGUUAGGAAACUGUGCUUUGUUGGUUAAACAUAUGAACAAGCGUAGCGCCGACGACUGCCAUCUUUGAAAACCCGUCCAACAGCAAGACAUGGGAGUGUCACACAAUUGACUCCAUCCUGGACAUUUCACUCUGGAUCCCCCCGUCCUGCAGAAGUGACAUGACUCUACAAACCACUGUCCAGCUGACAUCACUACGCUCCUUACUACCAUACCAUACCAUACCAUACCAUACCACACCACACCACACCACACCAUACCAUACCAUCUUCCUCCACUUACCCGGGUCCGGGUCGUGGGGGCAGCAGUCUCAGCAGGGAAGCCCAGACACUCCUCUCCCCGGCCACUUCCACCAGCUCUUCUGGGAGGAUACUGAGACGUUCCCAGGCCAGCUGAGAGAUAUAAUCUCUCUCAUCAAGAAGAUGUCAGCAGUGUAGAGAUAUUACACCAUCUCUGAGAAAGAUCAACGACAGUUUGUAAAACGGGACUUUUGGCAAUAUUUAUAAGAUCUCAAACAUAAUUUGAAAAACAGACAUGAGAAAUUACAAAGGAGAAUCUGAUUUCCACAAUCAGUGCAUCUCUAACUUCUUUAAUUACAUUAAGAGUCCUUCUGGGUUAGAAAGUACAGUCAACUAAAGCUUUUUAUUCACUUUUAAAGCGUCAGGUCAAAAAAAAUCGAAUCAUAUAGUCCCUCCCUAAAGAUCGUCUGUCACACUUGAUUUGAAAAACAGAAUUUGAAGCUAUCCACUCAGGAGGAGUCUGCAGGAAAGUUGUUGUGGUUUUUUUUUAACUGGCCCUUUAAAUUCAUACCCAUAAAACCCUGACUCUGAAUCAUUUGAAAGCUGUUUACAGCUCCGUCUUAUGGUUUAUCACGCGCUGUGGUACAGUUUACAUCCACUCUGUCCUCGUUUCACUUUUUGUCUCUCACAAACCGACAGAGUUCUUGGUACAAGGACCGACACUGUGCGGCAGCAAGAUGUUUGUUGACACUGUAAAUGAUGUUUACUACAACUCAAACCUUAACCGUCUCAGAUCGGGGUUUUGAGGUAAAUGCUGACUUUUUUUGUGGUGAACGUGCAUGAACACAACAAACAUUCCUGUUUUUCAUUGUUUGUUUCUGUAACUAUUUAAUAUUUUCACAUUUUUAAACAGUUACAUUUGUAAUAUAUCGUCUUAAACACUUGUAAUAUGUUGGUGUUUUUUAUGUAUAACUGCAUCCAAAACAUCAUUUGGAUACUGCCGCUGUUUGAAUGUAUUGAUUUUGGUGAGCACAUUUAAGACUAUGAACUUCCAGUUUGUGUUUUCAGUCCACUACACGUCACUGUGAACAACAGAAACUUUACUUGUAAUGUAUUUCAGCAACUCAUGUAUCCCUAUAUUUUACACAAAAGUUACAUUUAGAGCAUUUUAAGGCUUAAAGAGACAGUACUGUCAUGGUACUGUCACUUUAAGCCUUAAAGUGACAGUAUCACACAAUAAUUUUGCACAUUAUUUGGAAUAAGUGCUUGUAUUUUUUAGAUAUUUUUCAAUCACAUUUGAGGGAAAGGUUAAGUUAUUGAAAAACAGCAGGCUUAUGUUUCUGUCUUUUGUUAAGACAUACUGAAAUGGAUGAGUACAGUCGGUGUUUUGGAGAAACUGCUGUAAAUUCAGCUUUUUUGGUACACCUGCUUAAUAAUCCUGCAAGUCAAAUCAUUUCAAAAGAUGAACAAAUAAGAUCAGCUUUCUUUCCCUCUUGGCAUUACAGACCCGUCAAAUGUUGUAUAAAAUAUGAUUCCAGGUUGAUAUUGUGAAUAAAUGCUGGAGUGUUCAGAAAA